AUGGCUGAAUUGAUCAUAUACAGGAGGAGCAUAAGUAGUGCUUCCGUAAUAACUGGAUUAGUUACAUUUGCAAUUGCUUUAGAGUUUUUGUUAUUGGUUUCAGCAGAACCAAUAAGCAUUACUCAAAGGAAUAACAUCAACAGUACUUUACCAUCAACUGCUAGUCAUUAUGAACCUGAUUACUUUCAUUAUCAAAUUAGGAGUCUAUUGAGCAAGUCAGAACAGUCAGGUUAUCGGCAUCAAUGGCCCGAAAUGAAAUUUGGUUGGAGAAUCAUAGUUGGCUCAAUUGUUGGAUUCAUUGGAGCAGCAUGCGGGAGCGUAGGAGGAGUUGGAGGAGGUGGGAUAUACGUUCCAAUGCUUACCUUGAUCAUUGGAUUUGAUGCUAAAUCCUCCGUUCCGUUAUCGAAAUGUAUGAUAACAGGGGCAGCUGUGUCAACAGUGUAUUACAACUUAAAGAGAAGACAUCCAACACUUGAUAUGCCAGUUAUAGAUUAUAAUUUAACACUUCUUAUGCAGCCUAUGCUCAUGCUUGGUAUCAGUUUUGGAGUCAUUCUCAGUGAGGUCUUUGCUGAUUGGAUGGUCACUAUUCUCCUUAUAAUUCUUUUCUUUGCCACUUCAACUUUGUCUUUCUUCAAAGGGGUUGACAUGUGGAAAAAAGAAUCCAAAUUAAAGAAAGUAAGUGCAUAUAUUCAGCUUUGCGUGGAGUCUAAUGGUGAUCAUUUGGGAAAUGAAAACAAUCAUUUAUCAUGUGAUGAAGAACCAAGUAGUGACACUCAAAAGGAGAUACAAACUACGGUAACAAGUUGCUUGGAGUCAAACGGUGAUCAGUUGGACAAGGAAAAUAAUCAUUUACCAUGCGAUGACGAACCAAGUAGUGACACUCAAAAGGAGAUGCGAACUACGGUGCCCAUUCUUGAGAAUGUCUACUGGAAAGAACUUGGACUUCUUGUAUUUGUGUGGGUUGGAUUCCUCGCAGUGCAGAUUCUUAAGAAUAAGACAACAACCUGUUCAACAACAUAUUGGAUACUGUCGACAUUGCAGAUUCCUAUUUCAGUACUAGUGACAUUCUAUGAGGCAUUUGGAUUGUACAAGGGAAAGAAAGUGAUUGCAUCUUUAGGAGAAAAGGGUGCAAACUGGAAGGUCCAUAAACUAGUUUUCUUUGCUCUUGUCGGCGUAUUUGCCGGUAUGGUUGGUGGGUUAUUAGGUAUGGGUGGUGGAUUCAUUAUGGGUCCUCUCUUCUUGCAGCUUGGAAUUCCUCCACAGGUUUCAACUGCAACGGCUACUUUUGCCAUGACUUUUUCUUCAUCCAUGUCUGUUGUUGAGUACUAUCUUCUUAAGCGGUUUCCAGUCCCUUAUGCUCUCUACUUCCUAGGAGUGGCAACUCUAGCUGCAUUAGUAGGACAACAUGUAGUGAAAAAGAUUAUCUCCAUAUUAGGAAGAGCAUCUCUUAUCAUCUUCAUUCUUGUCUUCACAAUAUUCAUUAGCGCAAUCUUACUAGGUGGAGUUGGCAUAGCAAACAUGACCAAAACGAUAAAGCAUGAUGAGUACAUGGGUUUUGAGGAUUUAUGCACAUGACCGUCUCUCUCUCUCUCCCUCUACGAUGUAAAUUUAUGGAGCU